AUGAAUGGCGGUCAUAAUGUUCCAGUGGUUGUACCCGAAGCUGCAGGUGGGACUUAUAGGGAUUUCUUUCGCAUGAAUCCUGCGGAAUUUCAUGGCGGAUUAGAUCCUAUAAAAGCACAUGAGUGGGUGGCCAGUAUGGAGGAAAUCUUUGAGAUCGUGCAUUGUAGUGAAGAAAACAAGGUAGUGUUUGCUUCUCAUUCGCUGAAGGGUCCAGCUAUGAGAUGGUGGAAGAGUGCUUCUGCUUUGAUGACUAUUCAGGAGGUACCUAAGGAAUGGGAUAAUUUCAAGAUCACUUUUAUGGAGAAAUAUUUCCCUAGUUCACUAAGGACUAAAAAGGAAUUGGAGUUUCAACAGUUAAGGCAGGAGAAUAUGUCAGUGGCUACUUAUGCUGAGAAUUUGAAGAAAUUUCAAGCUGAGAAAGAUUUAAAGAGGAAGAAUCAGAAUGAGAGAGGAAGGCCAAGCCAACAAAUUCGGCCUAGGUCACAAGCUUUCAAAGGGAAGCAAGUGCAAGGUUCUCGGUCUAGUGCACCUCCAGUGUGUCGUGUUUGUAGUAAGAAUCACUUUGGAAGGUGUAGCCUUGAAGGGGUGAAGUGUUUUCAUUGUCAGCAAGAAGGACAUAUGGCUAGGAAUUGUCCUUAG